AUGAGCGGGCCUACUGGGGCAUUGAAGCAUGUGCAAAGCUCGAUGGAAAGUGUGGCUGGGCUAGCCAAAGGUCUGUACGCGCGAGCACCGGCCAGCACGGCCACCCUUUUGUCCCUCUUGCUGUCCUACCUGAUCACAACGGCUCGAUCAGACUACGUGCUGUAUCGCAGUCUGGGCGUGGGAGGCCUUGCGCCUCCCGGUCCCAUAGGCUGGUUGGUGCACACCUUCAUUCUUCGGCCUCUUGCCAUGUCAUCAGGUCGAGAGAAGGAUCCCGAAAGAUUGCCGGUCUCGGAUGAGCAGGUGCAAGGGCAAAGCUUGUCACUAGAUCUGCCAAAAAGAAAGGGAAACGCGCCAUUUACCUUUGGUCUCAUGCCUCAUAGACAAUUGGACCAGACUUUGCCCGAAGAUGGCGCGAUGCAAAAGGUGAGACAUGCUGUGGGUACUUCCCCCUCCCCCUCCCGGUCGCCCAAUCGUCUGCAGUGCAACUCUCGCGAUGGGGGCGGCGGCGCUGUGAUGAGGUAGAGCUUGUUGGCUUAUGUCACGCUCAAGACUAUGCAGGUACGCAAGAUCCAAGUAGCUCGUGACGGACAAGCCACUCACCCACUGGCCGACCGAAGUGGACAGAUAAGCCCCGAUUUUCAUGCGGCGGUCUCACCGAUGCUGACCCCUUGCCGUGACACUUCACCCCACAUCCUCUUCCUUCCACCACCUCUCCCUCGCCUUGUUCUUGGCGACGCCAUGUCUAGGCUCUCGCAUCUCACUUCAACAAGCUAGCCACGCUCAACAUCAAUCUCCGUCCAAGUAUCUCCGUUCUCGAAGCGCACAACUCUCCCAGCUUGCAAGUGCAGCACUCGCCCAAGGACAUUAGCCCAGCACAAAUCCGUUCCUAUGCCCGGCUCUUUCUGUCCGGUCUACACGCACCUCGAUCCGACGGUUCUUCGCCUCUCAAAGAAUUCGCUCAUAUCCAUCUGCACGACGGAUCAUUGCACCUCGUCCUCUCCCCCUCGCACGCCCGCAUCGUGCUUGCCCAAGGAUGGGGAGAAUUGCACAGACUGGCGGGCGCAUUCUACAGAGGUCAUUGGUGGCCUCUCCUCAUCCUGCCCAAAUGGCUCGCAAACGAUGCAAAGGCUAGAUGGGGCUAUCUGGCCCAAAGAGCUCAGAGCUCUAGGAAGGCUGCGCUGCUGCCUCCUACGUACCUCAUGAUCUACGCUCCCAGGGACGAGGAAGAGCUGCAGCACGUCAAGCGCAUCAUCGAUGCUGCCGCAGCUUUUGCUCUUGGUCACGAGCCGAUCUCAGAGCCUUAG